CUCGAGGUCAUAUGUGCCAUUUGACUCUCAAGGUCUUUAAACCAAAUCGGAGGGUUUUGGCUAUUUUAUAGAAAUCUUUGAAAAGCGUCUAAACCUAUAUCAUGGAGGAAAAAGGCGAUCAAGUCCUGUUGAGUCAUGAUAAUCUCGAUAGAGCUUCACCUGAUUUAUGGCCAGAACAAAUUUCUGGUGUCACCGAAUUCCUUACGUCCCGGCAAAAUGAAAUAAACUUACACACCCCUCCGAAAUAUGCUACUGAUUUGGAUAAAGAAGAUCUGGAACUUAUUCAUGAUUUUGGGAGCCUAUCGACUCAACAGCUAAUGGAUAAAAUUAAACAUUUACAGAAUUUAGCUUAUCAAGUUGGAUUGGAAGAAGCAAAAGAAAUGACCCGCGGGAAAUUUUUAAAUAUUCUUGGGAAACGCUAAUUUGUUGGUUUCAUAAAUGAAUAUAACUAUAGUUCAUUCGUUUUCGUUUAAAUGAUUUAUUAAACUAACGUUAUUUAUGAUGUUAUGGUGGCAUUUUUUGCUGUUAUAUAUAUAGACGUGUAUAUAUUGAUAUAUGUCUGUGCUUCUGUAUAAGUGUUAAUGUAAUGAGUAUGCAUCUCCGUUUUUCGUCAACUUAAAAUAAUUAUAUUAUCGGUAAACUGUUCUUCAUUACAUAGUAAAAAAAGCAUCAUCUUGACUUGAAAAAAGAUGAGAAUAUUUUAACCAUUCAAAAAUUAUGUAUUUGUAAGAAGAAUCAACAGUAACUACAUCACAUACAGACGGAUAUUAGUAUCAUAGUUACUUUUUCAAAGUUAGUUCAAUUUUAGUUGCUCAGUAUUAUGCAUUUCUUAGCAGAAUUGAAUUUUUACAUCAUUCCUAUAGGUGCUCUAAUUCACUUUUCAUUAUUGGCUAGACUGUAUCUAUGUUUCACUCUUAUCACAUCCCGAAAGUCACUUGGAAUUGGGGUGAAAGCUUCUUCACCAGUGUGAUUAUAACAAUAUCAUGUAGGGAGUGGAAAGCUUGUCAGUUCCUUUUUUCUGGAGAUGUGCUUUGUAGUUAGUGCAUUUUCCAUCAG